UACAGUUCAGAUAGUGUGUGCACAUGAAUUAUAAUAAUGUCAAACACCGAAGGAAUAGAAAGAUGGCGGUCGAGCGGUAAUUUUGUGAUGCAUGGGAUGUAGUCUACAAAUGGUGUCUUACGUUUCCAAGGGAUUUAUCAAAAUCAUAACAUUAUCGUGCAAUGUGACUACAUACUGACCACGACCGUCCUGUGAAGCAGACCGUGUCAAGAACGGAAGAACAACGAAUAAGAGGGAUAGAAAAGAUAGAAAGAGUAAGAGAAGAGGAGAGUACAGAAAGAGAACGGACCCCCGUUUGUACGUAACGAGUGUAAAAGCGGUUCAUUGCUCCGCUCUGAUUUGUCGCCAAGAUGGAUUGGGAGUCGAUCACGAUGGCUAGUCUUCACCUAACGAUGACCGAACAUCAAUAUUAUGAAGACAUAUUUAGUUAUUGCUGUGAAAAUGCAGACAACGACAGUGUACCGGUAAUCAAAGUUGCCGAACUAUUACGCUCGGCAAAUUUACCAGGAGUUGUCACGAUGAAGAUAUUGGAUAUCUGUUUUGGAACUGAAGCAGCACACAUUGGCACGCAUCUUGGAAAAAAACAAUUCUUUGUAUUAUUAAAACUUGUAGCAGCUCAUCAAGCAGGACUUAGUAUCCGUAAAGAUAUAAUUACUAUGCCUUUGGAUGUUAUUACAUUACCAAGAUUUACUUGGCCAGCAUCUGGAGAAGAAGAUGGUAGAAGAAGUUCAGAUUCGAAUAGGGCUAUGAAGAGUCAUCGCCAUGCUCCAGAAAGUACUACAGAAAGUGAAAGUGAAGCAGAGUCUCCAAGAGAAACUGGUGGUAGUACAGAUUCUCCAACACCAACAAAUAGUAUAAUACAGGAGAGAAAUAAUGAUAUAGGUGGUGAAACAAUAUUAGAUUCUGUGUCUGGAGGUUGGCAAGGAUUGUUAGUAUCCGAAGAACAAAGGCAAUUAUUAGGAACUGAAGAAGAAAGUUCAGAGCGUCAUAGCAGUGAUGAAGGUGAAGGAGAUGGUGAUGGCUCAGGAUUUCCACCUGAAGAAGUAUGGAUAAUUAGUGAUGAACAACGUGAAUAUUAUACUACUCAAUUUUCACAAUUACAACUUGAUCCUGAAGGACUUCUACAUGGUUCCAUAGCCAGGACAUUUUUUGAAAAGUCUGGACUUCCUUUAGGAGAACUUAGUCGCAUUUGGCAACUAGCAGAUAUUACCAGAGAUGGAGCAUUGAGUUUACAAGAAUUUUUAGUGGCUAUGCAUCUUGUUGUGUUACGAAGAAAUCAUGUGCCUCUACCUGAUGUUUUACCUCCACCAUUAUUAAUUCCUUUGCUUAAGCAAAAGACUGGUCCACCAUCCAUUCCAUCAACUACUACUACUCAAAAAACUCCACCUAAUACUUCUGGUACUCGUGAAAGAAAUAAAGAAUGGACAAAAUUUGUUGAUUCGCCGACUGGAACUAGCAGUUCUUUGACUAGUCCAGGUUUACAAUUAGUAAAUUUUGAUUUUCAAAAAUCUGCUGUUGAAAAAGAUCCUAAAAUUCUGCAUCCUGUACCAUUGCGUUUGACACCUGAAGCAGCAAUUCUUGCUUCUGGAGCAAAUGGCAAUACUAAUAGCUGCACUACAUUAGGAGAUGAUGAUCUCCAACGUACUGCAAGUGCAUUGGUGCAACGACCUCUCAUUAAAAAACCACCUCCACCUCCUGAAGAAGCUAUUAUAGUAACUCCAAAGAAGGAACCACCGCCUCCACCACCACCCAGACCAUACAGAACACAUGCAAGAAGUUCUAGUCUUGAUCUUAAUAAAUUAGGGAAAAAUGGUCAAAGUUUCCUUGGAGCACCUCCGCUAGUUCCACCAAGAAUCUCUCCUGGAAUUACUUCACCUCGAAAAUUGGUUGGUCAAAAAAGUGAGGGAGAGGGACAAAAAGCCCUAAAUGAAAAUCAAGGUUUUGUUGCUGAUUUUUCUCACUUUUCUCCAAAGAGCGAACUACCUGAAAAUUCAUCUCUGGAAACUCCACAAUCACAACAAUUUACUGGUGUCUGUGGUGCGUUUCAUAUUUAUAGAAAACCAAGUCCAAAGCGAGAGGGUGGAGAUGAAGAAGCUCCCAAGGAUGAAGUGGAAGAAUCAAAAAAAUUAACAUUACAAGAAUUAAGAGAAAAAAACGCUGAAUUGCGAUUAGUUUGUGAAGAAUUAACACGAGAAUUAGCUAGCGCACUUCAAGAACGUAUAAAUCUUCGUGCAAAACUUUUACUUUUAACAUGAUGUAAUUUGUUAUUAUCUUUAAAGACUCCAAACUGUGAAUUAUCAAUUUUUCCUAAAUUUGUUGUAAAAUCGAAUAUCUCAUGUGUCAUGCUAGUCUAGAGUAUUUCUUUUUGCAAAGUUUCAUAACAGUUAGCGUAACCUAAAAUUAAUAUUUCAAAAAGAAUAUUAAUAAAAAUUAUCUAAUUAUCUAA